CCAACGGCCCAAUCCAAAUGCAGCUGCAAAGCCUGCAAGCAUCAGCAACCUCCAUUUCUUUUUAAAAAAAGCAUCAGAAAAAAAAUAUAAACAAAAAAUGUUAAUUGCAUUAUCCCACUUGCAUUAUCCUCCGCCCGCCACGUGUCCCGUCUCCCAGCCUCAGCUCGAGCUCGCCACCUGCUCGACCCGAGUCCUCUCCUUCGCUUCGCCGCUGCUGCUGCUGCGGGCUCGCUUGGGAUGAGAGCCCCCUCCUCUCCAUGGCCUCCUCCCUCCUCCUGCCUCGCGCCACCUUCGCCGCCACCACCAAGCACAUCGCCGUCCUCCACCCGCCCGUCGCAUCCGCCUGCAGGCCCCACCCGCCCAGGCUGAUCAGGUGCGGCGCCGCCGCCGUCCCGGACGACGAGCUCCUCCGCUCGCUCUACCUCGUGCAGGCCGACGCCGCGUCGCCGGUGGUGUCCGCGGACACGGGCAAUGAUGGAUGGGCCGCUCUCCUUGACGAGAUCAGGGGCUCCCUCCAGGCGGAGGACUCGUCGUCGUCCAUCCCGGCGGCGACGAGCGGUGGCGUCGUCGUCCCCGACGAGCUCCUGACCGCGCCGCCGUCCGUCGUCAUCCCGGACGAGAUCCUCGGCGCGGACCCGUCGUCAACCCUGCAGGCGCCCGGCCCCGGCGGCGGCGCCAUCCCGGAGGACCUUCUCGCGGCGCUGCACCUGGACGCGUCGAACCCGGUGGUGCGGGCGGCGUGGGGGGCGCUGUCCCGCCUCGACGAGCUGACGUCGGGCCUCUCGGGGCCGCAGCGGUGGGCGGCGGCGGCGUUCGCGGCGGCGACGUGGGCGUACCUGACGGCGCGGCCGGGGGUGCUGAGCGGGGCGGUGGACGCGUACGUGCUGGCGCCGCUGCAGCUGGCGGUGGACAGCGCGGUGGGGCGGCGGAGCCUGAGGAUGAGCGACUUCGUGGUCGGGGAGCGGAUCGGGGAAGGGUCGUUCGGGGUGGUGUACUCCGGCGCGGUGGUGCCCCGGGGCGGCGCGGCGCCGGCGGCGAGGAAGGGGAAGGCGAAGACGAGGCUGGAGCUGGACGAGAGGUACAAGGAGAAGGUGAUACUGAAGAAGAUCAAGGUGGGGACGGCGGGGGCGAAGGAGUGCGGCGACUACGAGGAGUGGUUCAACUACCGGGUGGCAAGGGCGGCGCCGGAGUCGUGCGCCGAGUUCCUCGGCAGCUUCGUCGCCGACAAGACCAAGUCCGAGUUCGUCAAGGGCGGCAAAUGGCUCGUCUGGAAAUUCGAGGGUGACCGGACGCUGGGCAACUACAUGAGCGACCGCAACUUCCCCUUCAACCUGGAGGGCCUCAUGUUCGGGCGCGCCGUGCGGGGGCUCGACGACGGCAGCCGCGCCGCGCUGGUGGUGAAGCAGGUGAUGCGGCAGCUGGUGACCUCCCUGAAGCGCAUCCACGGCACCGGCAUCGUCCACCGCGACAUCAAGCCGUCCAACCUCGUCGUCACCCGGCGGGGGCAGGUGAAGCUCAUCGACUUCGGCGCCGCCACCGACCUCCGCAUCGGCAAGAACUACGUCCCCGACCGCGCCCUCCUCGACCCGGACUACUGCCCGCCUGAGCUCUACGUCCUCCCCGAGGAGACGCCCCAGCCGCCCGCCGAGCCCAUCGCCGCCAUCCUCUCCCCGAUCCUCUGGCAGAUUAACAGCCCGGACCUGUUCGACAUGUACUCGGCGGGGAUCGUGCUGAUGCAGAUGGCGUCGCCGAUGCUGAGGUCGCCGUCGGGGCUCAAGAACUUCAACGCCGAGCUCAAGGCCGCCGGGUACGACCUCAACCGGUGGCGGGAGACCACGCGGCGGAGACCCGACCUGCAGAUCCUCGACCUCGACUCCGGCAGGGGGUGGGACCUCGCCACCAAGCUCAUCUCGCAGCGCGGCGCCGACAAGCGCGGCCGCCUCACCGCCGCCGCCGCCCUGCGCCACCCUUACUUCCUCCUCGGCGGCGACCAGGCCGCCGCCGUCUUGUCCAAGCUGUCACUCAGCAAGUAGGUUAUACAAAACAACUCAAUGCACAAAAUUAAGAACACAUGCAGUGAUCAGGUCACCACUCACCAAUGGCAUUAGCAUUUUUGUUUAUGAUCCAUUGGAGAGAUCAAGAACUCAAGAUUGAUCCAAGAGAGAGGGAAAAGGAGGAGGAAGAAACAAUAUGGUAAUAUAUAAUUACAUUGUUUUGUAUGAGGUUAAUCACUUUGAACAGUGCGGUGCAGAGUUUGCAGACACUAGCUAACUUAACUUAAUUACUGCCCGUAUUCGGACUGAACUCUACUGAGAAAUCCCUACUUCUGUUGGUCA